AUGACACAAUCUCGUCGAGACAAGAAGUUAAAUGGGGCGGACACGUUCGAAAGCUUGUCCGAGGUUUUUCGUUGUUUUAUAUGUAUGGAGAGACUUAAUAAUGCUCGUUUAUGUCCUCACUGCUCGAAAUUGUGUUGCUACAAAUGUAUAAGAAAAUGGAUCACGGAGACACGGUCCCAAUGCCCUCAUUGCCGGGCUUCAUUGCAUAUUUACGAAUUGAUCAAUUGUCGUUGGGCCGAUGAAGUUACUCAACAAUUGGAUAAUUUGCAGUCUCAAGCUAGUUCAUCUAGAUCUGGUGGUGGUCAAAAUGAAGCAUUGGGAGGGUCAUCAACCAGUAACGCAUUAUCGACGUCUAGAACUGAGUUUUGUGAAUUGCAUAAUGAACGUUUGUCUGUAUUUUGUACAACAUGUGGUUAUGCUAUAUGUCAUCAAUGUGCAUUAUUUGAUACUGCUCAUGAACAGCAUUCAUUUCGUCCAUUAGAUGAUGUUUAUAAGGAGCAUGUGAAACAGAUCAAAAACGAAAUGGAUCAAUUUAAACGUAGACAUUUAGAACUAAUAUCAUUAUUUCAAGAUGUUGAGAAAAAUGUACAGGCUGUAAAACAAGCUAAAGAAGAACGUGUUCGAGAAUUACGCAAUGCAGUGGAGUUAAUGGUAGCACGUUUAGAUUCACAAUUAAAAUCAAAACUGGUUACUUUAAUGAGUCAACGUAGCCAAUUAUUUCAGGAAAUUGAAUCACUUGAAAAUCUUUUACAUGAUGUUCAAUAUGCAGUAGAUAUUGCCAAACCAUCUGAAAUGGUCGAACGAUCAUCGGAAAUUUUAGCACUACUUAAUGAUGUACACUGUAAACCAAUGGCUUCAUUUGUUAGUGCACCUGUACCGGCUGAUUUUGUAAGUGAAAUUGUACCUCCUUAUGAAUCCAGUACAUUUACACUUCAGCCUUAUUCAAUCAUGAAGCAAAGAGCUGAUCCUGUAUAUAGCCAACCAUUACAUGUAGGUGGCUUAAGUUGGCGUCUUAAAGUUUAUCCAGACGGUAAUGGCGUUGUACGUGGUAAUUAUUUAUCGGUAUUUUUGGAGCUAUCAGCUGGAUUAUUAGAAGCAUCCAAAUAUGAAUACCGUGUAGAAAUGGUUCAUCAACUAUCUCGCGAUCCUAGUCGCAAUAUUGUCCGUGAAUUCGCUUCUCAUUUUGAAGUUGGCGAAUGUUGGGGUUAUAAUCGUUUCUUCCGUUUGGAUCUAUUAGUUAAUGAAGGCUAUCUAAAUAGUGAAACAGACUCAAUAAUACUUAAGUUUCAGGUAAGAGCACCAACUUACUUUCAAAAAUGUCGGGAUCAAAAUUGGCACAUUUCACAGCUUGAAGCCAAUCAAGGUCAUUGUUUUACACAGUUAGCUGAAUUGAAAGAACGUUUAUCCUCUGAAGUAGCUAAACAAACAAAUAUUGUUGCUGUUGCUACUACUACUACUACUGCCACUACCUCUCCCAAUGCUGCUACUUUUAAUCCUACAAUUGUUACUACAAUCAGUAGUACUUCUGUUACUUGUCCACAGUCAACAGAUUCAUUUGAACCUUCAACUAGUCGGUUGGAUCCCACUUCCUCGUCAACUAGCCAGUCAGAAUUGAUCAUGACAACCUCUCUACUUCAGCUACAACCAUCAUUACCAUUACCAGGACAAUUUGUUAAUGAAUUAAUUAAUAGUUCAAUCAAUGAGUCAAAUGUGAAUGUCACAUCUCUUCCAGAAAUAAAAGAUGAAGAUUGUGCAAAUAUAGACGGAAAUGAUUGCUCAUCUCAGUCUUGUCUAUUAGGCAAUACGAAUAACACUUCUACUAGGAAUCAUUUAGCAAAUAGUGAAAAUCGUACACAGUCACUGCGUAAUGUCAGUGCUAAUAAUAAUAAUAAUAACAGUAAUGGUAAUAAUAAUGAUAUAAUUAAUGACGAGGUCGAUAAUUGCUUGAUGACAGUUAAUAUGUCGAAUUCAAGCACUACGGAUUUCGGCAAUGAAUACGAUCAACAGCUCAAUGAAUUACAAGCGAAUUCAAUUGCCCAAUUAUCGAUUGACAUCUCAGAGCCAUUAUUAAAUUUAAUUUUGACCGCAAAUCAGCAACAACCUGUAAUUAACUCAUCAAUUUUAUCAAGUUUAGAUAUGAGUCAAUUAACUGCUUCAUAUAGUAAUGAUAAUAAUAAUAAUAACGAUGUCAACAGUGACGAAGAUUGCUUGUUUAUUGAUUCAAGUAGAUAUUUUAAUACCAGUGAACAAUUAGUACCCCGUGAAGAUGUUGAUGUAGAAUCUACACAUUUCAGUGAACCAAUCUCUUGCGGUGGCGAUGACGAUGGAGAAUAUGAUGAUGGCAACUGCGAAAAUAACAACAACGACAACCACAAUAACGAUGACGGUGAUGUUGACGACGACGACGAAGAAGAAGAAGACGAAGAAGGAAUAGAUGAUGGCGAUGAAGAUGAAAUGGAUCGAGAUGAUGAUGACGAUGGUAUCGACGACGAUGAGGAGGAGCAAACGAAUAAUGAUGAAGAUAAUGAAGAUGAUAGGCGAACAAAUUCCAGGUCGAAACUUUACAUCUAUGCAAAGUCGAAUAAUGAUAUGGAUAAUAGUUUGAGUGAUGAUGACGAUGUUGAACAGAUUAGGCAAAAUAAACCUGAUUAUGAUAUGCUAUCAAAAACAUCAGAAAUUCAUUCAGAUAAUGAUAGCCUGCAAUCAAGUAUCGAUUCAAAUAAAUUAUUAUUAUUGAAAAGCAAGUUUAUUAAUAAACCAACAAAUUCAUUAAAUAUUUUAAAUUCAAUUAAAGCAUUGACAAAUCUAAAGUCAACUAUUGCUGCAGCCAUAACAACUACUGUUAAUACUGACGAUAGUAUUUUACCAAUGCUAGAAUAUGAAUGUAAUCAUAUCACUGAUGUUGGUAGUGACAUGAACUCAAGUUAUGAUGAUAAUGAAUAUCAUAUUAGGAAUAGAAAUACAACUGAAGAACUUUUAGAAUUGCCCGAUCCACGACCUGCUAAUGGUGCUAUUGAUAAUAACAAUAAUAAUACUAAUAAUGAUAAUGAUAAUAAACGAACAGUAAACCAAACCGCAUGUCAUCCACUAUGGUUUAAAUUAUUUACAAAUGAUAAAUCGAAAUUACAGCUCAAUAAGAUGUCAACAAGUAGAUCCAAUCAUGACCAUAAAUUAAAAUUGUUACAAUGUAACUCCAAAGAGCAAAAUCUAUUGCCUAUUAUUCAAACACAGAUGAUGGACAGCGCGCAUAAUAGUAAUUGUAAUAACAUUAGUAACGGACUUGAUCCGAAUUCGUCUCCUAGAUCAAUUAUUGAUGAAAAGGUGAAUGAAUGUCAUUCCUCUUCAAAUUUUCAGUCGAGAUUAGUUAGUGAAUCAAAUUGGGAAAGGAAAAUAACCAAAGAUCCUAAUGUUUGCAGUGAUACUACUUUAAUUCAGCCUAAAUUAUUUACUUCAUCAUCGUCAUCUUUAUCAUCUUCCAAUUCAUCAUCAUAUGGCAAAACAAUAUCGGAAAGUUAUUUGUUGAAAAAUAAAAAGUUUAAAAGUUUAUCCAAUCAUCGUCUAUCUGAUUUCAAUCAUCAUCGUCAUCAUGAAUAUUUUCCACAAUCUCAAUGUAGUAAAUUAAAACAUUUACCAUAUCAUAAAGACAAUAUAGGAUCAUUGUCAUUAGUAACAACUGACCCAGUUCCAUCAUGCAGUAAUCAUACAUCAGCUUAUGCAACUUCUACACGUGAACAAUCGCAUCAGCUAACUGGAAAUGAUCUACGUAAAGAACUCCUAACUAAUAAACCUGUGUCAACUAAUUUUAAUCAAACUGAGAGUGGUAAUCGUUUGAGAAAAAAUAACAACAAUGCUAGUUCAUCAUUUUCAUCGUCUAUAACAACAAUGAAAUGUCCUAAUCCUUUAAAGUCGAAUAACAUAUACGUCCGCUCGUCAAUCAAUAAUGGUCCAACUAAUCCGAUAAGGACGACGACAACAACAACUCUAUCAGGGCAGAUUAUAAAAAAUCCAAUUCAGCAUUUAGAAAAUGAUAUUGAUGAAGAGACAAUGACAGGAGAUCGUGAUAUCAAUGAACAUGUAUUAAGUAAUCGACGUUUAUGGGAAGAUUCCAAUCCUAAGACUGAUAAUCAUAAUCAUAACGAUAAAAGUAAUCACAACGAUGAAAAGAAAUAUUUUAGUUCGUCGUCAUCAUCAUCGUCAUUUGCAUUAGUCAAUAACCAUGAAAAUGGGAUAUUUGUUAAUCAACCGAAACCUUUAUGCAAUUCACCACGUACUACUACAACAAAAUCCAAAUCUACAACUAGAAUAAUGAAUAGAAUCCAUCAAAAUAAUAAAAAAUGUCAUUCAUUGACUAGUGAUGGCGAUUCAACGCCAGGUAAAUCGACGUUAUCAGAUGAGACCAAUCCUCGUGAUGUGUGCAAUAAACUUCAUUUUCAAACUAAACACAUUCAUGAUAAUUCAGAAUGUGAUCACUUGAAUUAUGAACCCAUGUAUAAUUAUAAACCAAGUUUGUGUCAUACAUCACUGGAACAUCAAAAUGAAGCCAUAAAUUCACUAUUAAAGCCAAAUUUGGAAACUAUGAGCUCCGGUGAAGUUGUACCAAGUAAUUCAGGUGUCAAUUCUCUUCCAUCUCAUUCAAUUGGUCUUCCAGUGCACAACAAAGAAUCAAAUAUUUUAACCAGUGAUUAUCUAAAUGAAACCCAACAAUUGAUAACAGAACCAACAGAUUUAAGUUUGGCCAUGCUGUGUCAUAGAAUCAGUCGAUUACAGACUGAAGCAGAAGCUGUGGUUAAAGCAAUCUCAGCUAAUAGUCACUGUAACAGUGAUUCUAUCAAAAAUAAACAAUCCAUGGAUAAUUUACCGAUUGUCAAUAAACAGUAUGCCAGUUCAGUAAAUGAAGAACAAUCGUUCCAAACUGAUUCAAACAGUAAUACAGUAGAUGGAAUACAGAUUCAUCAAUCAUCGAGGAAAUCUGAUGAAUGUUUCAGUAAAGCUAUCAAUAAGGCUGGACAGUCAAGUCAAAUAAACGGUGUUGAUAACAAUAAUAAUCUUUAUGAUCAAGGUGAUGUUUAA